GAAAACUUGAAAUUGAAACAGUUUUAGAGAGAGAGAGAGAUUUGUGCUUUCCUGAAACUGGAUCUGAGUUUCUUCUCCUCCAAAUUUUUCUCAAAGUUUAGGUUUGAGGAAGAAUGAAGCAUUCAAAGGAUCCGUUUGAAGCAGCAAUUGAGGAGGAGCAAGAGGAAUCUCCGCCGGAAUCACCCGUUGGCGGCGGAGGAGGCGGUGAUGGUAGUGAAGAGGGAAGAGCUGAAAUCGAUCAGACUGCCGAAGAAGAUGAGAGACCUGUAGAUGUUCGCCGUCCGGCAAAGAAGUCUAAAACCUCAGUUGUUGUUACUGAAUCGAAGAACAAAGAUGAAGACGAAGAAGAAGAGGAAGAGAAUAUGGAAGUUGAGCUCACUAAAUACCCAACUAGUGCUGAUCCUGCUAAGAUGGCCAAAAUGCAAACCAUAUUAUCGCAAUUCACUGAGGAUCAGAUGAGUAGAUAUGAAUCUUUUAGGAGAUCUGCGCUUCAAAGACCACAAAUGAAGAAGUUGUUGAUAGGUGUCACAGGGAGUCAGAAGAUUGGUAUGCCAAUGAUCAUCGUUGUCUGUGGUAUUGCCAAGAUGUUUGUUGGUGAACUCGUUGAAACAGCUCGAGUUGUUAUGGCGGAAAGGAAAGAAUCAGGACCUAUAAGACCUUGUCAUAUCAGGGAGUCCUAUCGUAGACUAAAACUCGAGGGAAAAGUGCCUAAAAGAUCAGUUCCAAGGCUCUUCCGCUAGUCAGAAUAAGAGCCAGAAAAGAACUUCAGUUAGUUAUCCCUGGACUUGGAAGUUUAGUUAAUUACGCUCCCUAUGGAUUAUAUAGGGUCAUAGGGGUUUAAGCUAGCGAGAGUAGCCUAUCAAAUCCCAUCGUAAUAGGAGACUUCUUUGGCUUCUCUGAUGGUGGAUAAUAUUGUUCUUCCAUGCUCUGAACUUUGUGACAACUUUUGUACUUGAAUACAAGAUCAAUCUUGGGAUACUACUUGCCAUUUGCCUAAAAUUGACAUAGUGUUGUCCAUGGUCUGUAAUCAAAUGAAAUCAUUUGUUUGGUAUUUAGCUUUGGCUAACUAAAGUUGAUGUCUGUUUCGGA